AGCCUCACCAAGAAGAUGAAUUUGAUGAUGUUUUUGAUGUUGAUAUAUUGCCCUCAUUGGAAAGGGAUCAUAUGAUGCCAUUAGAUCAUUUUAAUGCUAAAACCAUACUGCAUGAAGGUCCAAUGGAGAUGGUAUCUAAUGAAGAUGAUAGUUUCAUUAAUGACGAUGAUGUGGAGGAAGCUUCUAUGGUGAUGAUAUAG